GUUUGAGUGGUCGCACCCUGAGCCAUGGCGCGCACGAAGCAGACGGCGCGGAAGUCGACGGGCGGCAAGGCGCCCCGCAAGCAGCUGGCCACCAAGGCUGCCCGCAAGAGCGCGCCGGCCACGGGCGGCGUCAAGAAGCCGCACCGCUACCGGCCCGGCACGGUGGCGCUGCGCGAGAUCCGGCGCUACCAGAAGUCCACGGAGCUGCUGAUCCGCAAGCUGCCCUUCCAGCGCCUGGUGCGCGAGAUCGCGCAGGACUUCAAGACCGACCUGCGCUUCCAGAGCUCGGCCGUCAUGGCGCUGCAGGAGGCCAGCGAGGCCUACCUGGUGGGGCUCUUCGAGGACACCAACCUGUGCGCCAUCCACGCCAAGCGUGUCACCAUCAUGCCCAAGGACAUCCAGCUGGCCCGCCGCAUCCGCGGAGAGCGCGCCUGAGCCUUGUCAGAGCUUUACCAGCUGUGUGAAACAAGUAUUCCAAUCAACACAAAGGCUCUUUUAAGAGCCACUA